AUUAGGAAACUGGGCACAACCAAGUCAUCCGGGGAAGGAUUAGAGCACAAGAGAGUGAGCGCAGGGCAAAGAGGGAGAGAGGAGGAGUUGUGGAGGAGAACGAAAGCUUUUUGUUUUCAGCCUCGUUCUGAAUUAGAGGAGAUCUGGGGCUCUCUCUCUCUCUUUUCCCCCACUCUUUGUUUCUGUCUUUUCUCUCACACACGCUCCGCUCUUCGCCACCAGCUGCUCGCCAGGUUUCACCAUGACUCACCCCUCCACCUCUUCAGUUGGACUCAUCCUCCUUCUGAUUGGCUAUGCAGCAACAGCACCUGAGAAUGACCUGCGGCCUCGAGCAGUGCGUUCAAGUGCCUGCCAAGAGCACACAAACUUGCACAACCGCAUGGAUGUAGUGGAAAAGAAAGUGGAGGACACAAUUGAGAAUCUGGAGGUUGAACUUGCUGCAAUUCUGGAUGUCAUUGAAGACCAAAAAUGGCGCCCUCUGUUGGACAAUACAGGAAAGACGGCUGUGGAUAUCCUUGAAGAUCCAGGGCAGAGGGGGCAGUCUUAAACUAACCCGACACCCAUGGAGGUGGAACUCAAGAAGGCUUUUGAACUUUGACUUCAAUGUAAACCUUUUUUUAAUGUGUUUUUGCAUGUACCGUAUCUGUAUGUCAUAAAGAGGUUUUUAUCUUAAAAGAGGAGGCACAAAGCCAAA